UCCCGCCCGCCCAAUACUACGCUCUACGCUACCGCGCGGGAAACAACUCCAACCGUACUCUAACUUUUCAUCAGUCUAUAAAAGUGAUAAUUUACUAAGGCUUUGGGUAAUGUUAUCAAGAUGAUGUCACUACCGCUAAUCGUAUCACUGUCUAUUACUCUCGUCUCAGCUUUACCCGCAGCAGUUUUGGUCGAUGAAGAUUAUCCUUUAACAGUAGACCCUAGAAAUUUACAAGAGAACUACAUAGUUCCACAGAAGAGGGCGGCACUAGUACUUGAUAGACUUCUGGUGGCAUUGCAAAAGGCUCUAAGGGAAAGUCCUACUUCACGAUUUGAUCCUGAUCGCGAUGGACCACGAACGGCACCAUUGAGAUUGGCACAUUAUGAUGCAAACGAUAUGACUGGUCUUCAACGUCGAGGCCAAGGCAACAACCGCGGUCGAGUCCUCAGAUGUUAUUUUAACGCAAUAACUUGCUUCUAACAGUAAUUAUACGUAUCAUCUUCAAUACCACAUCAUUAAUAUCAUUCACAUUAUUUAAUAAUUUUUACGUCUAUUUAUGAAGAUUUAUGUAACUAUUUUUCUAAUAGCUAUUUACGAAUGUUUAAUGUAAUGCGCUCUUUUGUACUACUGUUUAAUUUGAUUAACAAAUUGCAUUGUAACGAUGUAGAUUAAAAUAUGGAAUGGAUAAAGGGGCUUUUGGUUGUACUGAAAGUAGUUGCCGCUAUCGAAUCGUGUGAUUUCACAUAAAAUAAUUUGAAAUAUUGUAAUAUGUAUAGUAAAGUGAGCGAGCCAAUAUGUAGAAAAAUAAAUAAAUUGUUCGUUCAAUUAGUGUCAGAAAACAUGUCCCUCUAAAAUAUAAUAAGCCACUUUUUAUAAUAUUAUAUAUUUACACACGUGGAACCGAGGAUUUGGUUUCCCAAUGCUCGCUCUAUAUACUUUGUUACUCUGUGUUUCAGGCAUAUGCAGAAUAUUUUGAUUGUUUAAUCACAUGUCAGGUAGUUGCGGUGACUGUAUAACCCUUUUAUCUUUCUUUAUAUAUUCUAAGAUUACAAAAUUGCACAAAAACGUCGAUUGAUUUUAUAAAUAUUUUAUAAAAUUUUGUUCUUAAGCAAUGUAAAAAAAAAUGAAAAGAAGCUGUUGUGUGAAGCUGAAUGUUUUUAUUGAUAACUUAUUUUAAAAAAUAUAUUUUGUUUUACGUAUAUAAUACCUACAUUCGCUAUUUUUAAUUAUAUAAGAAACUGAAAGCAGUCUUCGUUUAACUUUUAAAACAAAUAUCAUUUUUUA